AUGACCACCGGGCCUGUCGAAGAGAGGAACCAGGAUGCCACGAUUUAUGUUGGCGGGCUAGAUGAAAAGUGUACAGAAGCCAUACUAUGGGAACUCUUUCUCCAAGCAGGACCUGUUGUUAAUGUCCACAUGCCGAAGGAUCGCAUUACCAUGCAACAUCAAGGGUACGCUUUUGUUUCCUGUUUCCUUUCUCAGUAGUAGUUUGUCUUCGCGUGCUUUCGAUUUCGAAAAUGCGAGUACUAUUUUCAUUCUAGCACGGUUAAUUUCUGAGUUUUCUUAUGUAUCCAGUCAACAUUUUUACUGGCGUUGCUGUCCCCGUAGCGGUACGUCCAUUGUCGUCAACGUUUGUUUUAGUUUUGCCGGCUCUUACAUCACUAAGUGAAUUAUAGAAGCUUUUUAUCGCUCACAUAGCUGAUCCCUCGGUAUAGGUUUGUUGAACAAAGGCUUUUGUAAUUGGCAAGUGGUGACACCUGUCCGCAUGAGCUUACGCCUUGUCGAUGCCAGCAACCUCCAAUUGUUCUUGAGAUGUGUGGAUGCCUUGGAUGGAUUUUAGACGGCCAUCACAAUUUAUUUCGCCCCAACCAUGGUCACGUCGAAGACGACUCAAGUGAUCAAGUAGCGCUACGGAAGUACUGAAUAGAGUCGGCGAGCACCAUGCGAAUACACGCGUACGUAUAGCAUAAAAACCGUGACAAACGUGUGCAAUAAAUAUAUUACUAGUAAUAGACUAGUCAACGCGUUAGAAGGAUAUAAUAAUACUAGAAAGUGUUACACAUACAGUUGGCCAUCUGGAGUGGGAAGCGCUCCGCCAUGCCUGCCAGGCCGCCAGUGGGGAGUGCAAGGCUGUGGGUAACUGCAGGGGAUGGUUAUGGAAAGUGCUGACGUAGAACGAGAGAUACCAAGAAGGCCUGUGCGAGCGUCCAUUGUAGGGCAGGGUAUCAGCAGUUAUGAGGAGAAGGGGCAGUGGCAUCUUCUCUGACACCGUCCUGGGUUCGCGCUAAAAGUGAAUUUGGUCCGCCUAAGCAACCCACUCAGGUUUGUGUUGCGUUGUACUAAGUCCUCAUUUCGCUACCAGUACUCCAUUUUUGCAUUUACCACCGACCAACGGUUGUGAGGUGGUAUGCCCGGGGGUUGCAAGCACAGUCAGUUUAUGUCAUGGUUUCAUCUAAAGUCUUUCGCUUGUUGCGCGAACCCUUAAACUGCCGGGUUGCAAUGUACAUUUCAACCUAAAAGAACCUUUUAUAUUAGCAUUUUUGUUCGAAAUUUUCGCACACUGUUUAACCUCUGCCUCUUAAAGCUUGUAAGAAACCCUAAACGUUCAUGCCUGUAGCACAAUUAUGCAUGGUAAUGUGUCUCAGGCGAACGACUGUGAAUUUAGAGAGACAAAGACUAAGAGUUCACCUUUAUGACUCUGCUAAAGAAAUGUAUUGGGUAGCUCCUAAUUUUGCCGAAGGACAGGCAUCUGUUACGCGGCUGGAAAAGGGACCCUUAGUAGCUGGUAGCGUCCUCGAAAUUAAAUGCUCCAUGACCCACGAGUGAGAAUUCAAACCUCAUGUGUGCCAGCGCCUGAGGUUGAGCCAUCAGCGACUAGUUAUGACUAAUAAACCGUCCCUGUGUCGGUCUAAUCUUUGUCAAUAGUACUUCCUAGUUAAUCUGUCUAAAGUCGACGAGUGACUGCUUGAAUCGUCUCCUACUUUGAAUUCUCGCUUAUUCUUCGCCGCCAGCUCCUAUCAGCCACAAUUGCCAGGCUGCUGUAGUAUCUAUGAUCAUGCGUUUAUUGGUGGAGUUGCCGCUUCAGACCUGCCCUUGCUGACGUAGAUUUUGACUACUCGGUGCGUCUAAGAGCCCUUGAAAUAAGCGUAACUUCGCGAGAGGUGUAAUCAGUCAGAAAUGGGUCCAAAUGCAUCGGCCGAAACGUUCAAUCGAGAAUGAAUCACUUUCUGUCAAGUGGAAAUGUAAAAGAAGUGUUGAAGAUAAUGUGUUUUUAAUCUGAACUAACAAUUUUCUUUUAAAAAGCUGAAAUGCCGAAGAUGAAAAAAUGCGUGCCGCAUGAGUAACACAAUGAUUGUCAAUGCUGAGAGCUGAGUAAAUAAAACAGCAUAACUACAACAGUGUCUGAAAAAGCCUUAUAGCUAAUUUUCGGGAAGUAUCAUCUAAAUGGUUGCGUAAUGUUCAGUAUGGCGGCUAGUCAACUACGUGUAGUUAGGCAAUGCCUUUCAGCAUACCUCCGCCAGAAUCCGAUCUAGUUUUUGUUCUUAUUGUCUGAGGGGUGGUUGACUAACGCGGAGAGUAUUUUGUUUGAGUUCGAGGAUAGGGACGUUCCAGGCAUAAAAGUCUUUGUAAGGCCAGAUGUUGUAAAAUCGGCCAGUGAUUAAGGGGCCCUGUUAUAAUUGACAGAUCUAGUCAUAUGCUUUCUGGUGACGGUGCAAUCCACUGAAAGGUCGGUGAAUACUUGGCGGUCCUCAUUAUCCUCUAUAAAAUGUCUAAAAAGAUAGGUUCCGUAGUUUUUUUUAAAUUACAAUCUCCAAAAUAGUGGAAGUCUUAAGGGCUUUUAGUCAGACUGUGAGUGUUUACGCGUCCUUUUUUAUUCAAAUGAUGUCUUGCGUCAUAUCUGUGGACCGAUCUAGACGCUAAUCACAAUCAUCGAAGCAGAUGGAUGUCUAUUACAAAAGCCGGCGAAAAACAUGCCUCUGAUCAAGUGAAAAACCCUCACUUAUAAGUCGUCUUUUUAAAGUACAUUACUGGGAUAUUUCGCUGAGGAAUAUCUACGUCCUUCAUUUUUGCCUUCUUAUGCACUUACUCUACAAAUAAGCAAUUUCUUCUACCGCAAACAAGCAAAACUUUUAUUCCUUGAAACCAUUUUUGCCAUCACUGACUUAUUUAAGCCUCCGUUCCACUAUUGUACUUGCACCACAUGGUGGCUGUAUGGAUAUUAAAGUAUCUUAGUAUGGGCGUUGCCUGAUCGGGCUUUCCCCGCUCGUCCUUGCAAGCAGUCAGACAGUGACCACCAAUAAUGCGGAAGGGGGCAGACUGGAAUGGCCACUCUUCGUCUAUUAGCUGCCCGGAGCUUGGAUUGUCAGAGUGGGGGGAAUGUACGGUGGACCUACGAACUUCUAACCGCCACCCAGUGGGAACCCGUUGCCCUAAUAGUCAGCGGUCUGGUAAUUUCACUGUACAUAGCAUAUAUGUUUCCGGUAGCUUUGAUGACAUCAAGUCAUCUGACCAAAUUUACUACGCGUUUCUCCGAGCACACUGCAAUUCGUAGUACCUACGAUGAGAGUCGACAUGGCUCUAACCGCAUUCAUGUAAAGGUUCCGCUGUUGUUUGGACCACAUGUCAAGAAGGCAUGACCUGAGAAAAAAUGCGAUGUUGUCUAUCCCAAGAAUCUUGCCACGGUCUUCCGUCUGUCUUCGACUGCUUUAUGGAAUAUUGCAAACGCCAUCGGCGUCUGCGACGUCCCCGGUCGAAACAGUUGACCUAGACAGGAGUAGAUACAAGAGAUUUUAGUCCUCGGACAGCAUAAUUGAAGACCUCUAUCCAUGGUGGAAGCAUCCGUGUGCGUAGACUGGCUCGCUUCCACUGCUGUCUAAACUUUCGGGACUUCCAUCGCCUGACCACAUGCCCUAAACAGCACAACUGUAGUUCUAAUUCAUGAUACCUGAUUCAUUCAGCUGCACGUUGCUCGUUCACCGCAUUGCGAAUUAUCAUUUUCCGCUGUCGCAGACUUCCAAGCGUGGUUGAGCCACUUUGCGCGCCAAUUUCGCAUGCACAGAGAUACCCUCGGGGUCAGCCUUCACGUUCACCCUCGUCACCAGUGGGUUGUUUCCAUCCUGUCAGUGGUCAGAAUCAGGAUAGUUCGAAGUGACACUUUUGCCUUUGGGUCGACGUAGCACAUGGUCAAACUAUCUUAGCCGACAAUCAAGAAGAGACUAGUUGGAAGUUUAGCCUGCCUGUUUGGUGACUGUUUGUUACUCGGACAUAAUUUCACGUAUUUUGUAACUACUGUAGAUGCGCAACAUGAAAGUGGCUCAACCAGACAUCAUGAAUGCCAUCACAAGUACCAAAUUAUAAGUCCGUUCGCGCAUAUUUGACCAUUACUGAUCACGGUCUCCAAAGAUGUUGACUGUCCCGUCGUUCUCACAAGGGCGUUGCGUGACAGUUCGACCGUGUGCUCCACGGCAAAGUGGGACGGCCACGAUGAUGUACUCGAGAAUUAGUUUACAGUAAAAGCAGACUUUCGCAGCAUCUACCGCGCUCUCUCCUCUCCACCUGGGCCCUGUGUCAAGACGUAGUCAAGAAGACCGGAGGCGAGAGAGGGCACAGGUGAAUAGUACGGUCGGACCAUGUUCUUUCAGUCACCUUUGGUUGUUGGGGCGAAUAAGCUCAUUUCCAAGUUGACAAAUAUUUGUCUGCUAAGUAGUGGCAGUUGGCUAGUAGUCGUUCUGAGUUAUUCUUUUUGCUUUAUUUCCUUAUCUGGGCAGUCAGCUGUUUUCCUACAUGAGGCUGCCUGUCAAAAUGCUGAGUUCUUGUUUAAUUGACCACUAGACUCACCCCAUCCCCACAUUCCACUUUCCAGCUAUGGUUUCGUUGAAUUUCUCACAGAGGAGGAUGCAGAUUACGCCAUGCGGAUAAUGAACAUGAUAAAGCUGUACAACAAGCCCAUCCGCGUGAACAAGGCCUCAGCCAACCAAAAGAACUUGGACAUUGGAGCCAACAUCUUCAUCGGCAACCUGGACCCUGAAGUGGAUGAGAAGUUGCUGUACGACACAUUUAGCGCGUUUGGUGUCAUCCUACAGACGCCGAAAAUUAUGCGCGAUCCAGAGACCGGCAACUCCAAGGGCUACGCCUUUAUAAACUUCGCCAGUUUCGAGGCCAGUGACGCAGCCAUUGAGGCCAUGAACGGACAGUACCUCUGUAAUCGGGCUAUCACUAUCUCCUAUGCCUUCAAGAAGGACAGUAAGGGUGAACGCCACGGUUCAGCCGCAGAGCGCCUGCUCGCUGCGCAGAGUCCGCUUUCACAGGUACUGUUUUAGUGAUCCCUUUACCGUGGUCCAGUAGUUAAUGUGACUCAUUCGUAAAGUGGAUUUUUGGGCCAACUCCAUUGUUCAGGGACAGGUUAACGACAAAAUUGAAGUCUGAUUUCUUCUGCACGUGUGUGCUAAACAUCACUGGCACAAAAAGGAAAACACUUGCAGUUUGGUUUUUGCUUCUAGGUCGCCCAGUAUUUUUGUGCAUCCCCAGACCGUUGCCGGAGCACCGUUAACUUUGGAAGAACGCCUUGUCUCCUAGUCUUGCAUCCUCAUUAGGCCUGUCAUCUUUCCUUUGCGCUACUGCCCUUCCACAGCUUAAACUUCGGCACACGCACCGCAGACCUCCGGUCGUCCAAAGACCCCCUUAAGCUCCGGGCUAGUCGGGCAUCAAUUGCGUGGCAUGACUUGGUGCAGGGGAUGCAUUCCUAUAGUUUCUGGUCUCGGUUGUCCACGUCUCCAUCCGUCCUCCUUACACACCCAUUUAGGGGUCUAUGAUUGUGUCAGACGACACAUGGACCCCAGUCUGGUGACGGGAACAACAACGUUCGUCACGUAAUGCCGCUCUGAUUUGUGGCCUUUCCAUAGAUCAGCCGUUUGCAUUCGCAAUAGGGAUUCCAUCCUUACGUUAAAAACGGAUGAUGGCGUUGAACUUUGCAAGGACGACAAAAAGGCUGAACAUCUUUCUUUGGAUCGGUUUUUAUGACAGAAUCCAAUUUAACCGCUAAUGUAGUGUGGAUGAGGUCCCGAAAAUUGACUUAGUGGUUCAACGAGAACUACUGAAGCUGAAAGAAGCGACUUCGUCGGAUCCUGAUAAAGUACCAACAAAGUCGUUGAGGGAGUUAGCCAUAGAAUUGGCAGAACCUCUAUAUCUUCUCUCCCAAGCCUCCCUCGAUGCAGGCAGAUUGCCACCUGAUUGGAUGACUGCGUGGAUUUCACCGAUAUAUAAAAUCAACGGUCACGCUUCCGCAAGCGGCUACUAACCGGUGAGCCUCACCUCCAUACGUUGCAAAGUUAUGGUGCGAAUUAUCAAACACGAACUUAUACAGUUUCUAGAGCAACAUCAUCUCUGACGCGCAGCAUGGAUUCUGCAGAGGAAGGUCCUACUUGAUCAGUUUACUCUGCUGUCUGGAACGCUGGGCCGGGCGAUUGAUUAAGGAAAUGUGGUGCACGUAGUCUACAUAGACUUCAAGGGGGUUUCCGAUAGUGGGCCACACCAACGUCUCCGUCCCAGACCCGUGAACACUGUUCUCUUAGUCCAUACUAUUUCCUUCUUAUUUCCUUUCCCCAGGCGGACAGACCACAUCAGCUGUUUGCGGACGCUCCGCCCCCGCCACCACCGCCUCCUGGCUUGUUGGCAAGCUUCGCUUCGCAUCAUCCUGCCGCCUUCUCCACAAUCCCACCGCUUUCCAGCUCCAUGAUCUUGCCGCCACCUCCACCACCCCCGCUGCCUACUCUGGGUCACACACACCUCUCCCUUGCAACUGCUGCGGGCGGUUUUGGCGCGAUGCCGCCGCCCCCUCCACCACCGCCACCGCCGCUCCUCAGCACGACACUGAAUGCGGCCGCGGCAGCCGCUGCCGCAGCAGCCUCUUUCCGUCCACCACCGCCGCCGCCACCUCCACCCCCAGCGGCCCCGCUCUUCGGCAUGACUGUGGUCACCACCGCUGGCGGCGUGGCACCUCCGCCAACGUGGCAACCGCCUUCGGUUGCGGGUACUGGCAUGACCCUGCCACCACCGCCUCCGCCGCCCCUGACUUCAACAAUGGCGUCAAUUCCACCCCCACCACCUAUGGUCUAG